AUGACUGAGCCCGCCAUGGAAGGAGGGCCUGUCCAUUUCUACGACAUUGUCGUCGUGGGAGCUGGCCCCGCAGGGUUGAUGCUCUCUACGUGUUUGGCCAGAUGGGGUUAUCGAGUAAAGCACCUUGACAACCGACCAGGGCCAACAAAAACUGGACGAGCUGAUGGCAUUCAGCCCAGAUCCUUAGACCUGCUUCGUAACAUGCGACUGAAAACGGAUCUCAUGGCUCACAAGCCGGCUCGGGUUUACGAAGUGGCCUUCUGGAAUCCAGAUCAGUCUGGGAACGAUAUUGUUCGGACUGGAACAUGGGCGACUUGCCCAAGCUUUAUUGAUGCCCGCUAUCCUUUCACCACAUUGAUUCACCAAGGACAUAUUGAAAAUGUUUUCAUCCAUGAUCUCGAAAGAAACGGCGUCCUGAUACAGCGGCCGUGGACCAUUACAAACUUCGAGUCUGACGAGGAAAAAAAUCCUGAGCACCCCGUGCGGGUUGAGUUGAAACAUGUAGACGGGACAGUAACAGAGACCGUCAGGGCUAAAUACCUUUUCGGCGGCGAGGGGUCGAAGUCGUUUGUGCGUCAGCUGCUAAACAUCAGAGUGAAACACAUUGAUCCUAUACAGCACGUAUGGGGAGUUAUGGACGGCGUUGUCGAUACAGAUUUCCCCGAUAUAAAGGUAUGGAGCCAGGGCAUAUCUCCGAUCAAAAUCCGUCGACACGGUUCUAUCAUGGUCAUCCCCCGAGAGGACAACAUGGUUCGACUCUAUAUACAAAUCGCCUCGUCAGAUGAACCGGAUUGGAAUCCAAGAAAGACAGCUAAGCUAGAACAGGUUCAAGAGGCGGCAAAGAGAAUUCUACACCCGUAUAAGAUAGACUGGGAGCGCGUCGAGUGGUAUUCGGUGUACCCCAUUGGACAAGGAAUAUCGGACAGGUACAGCUUAGAUCAGCGUGUGUUUCUGGGUGGUGAUGCAUGCCACACACAUAGUCCCAAGGCUGGCCAGGGCAUGAACACCGCCUUCCUAGAUGCCCUCAACUUGGCCUGGAAGAUACACGUGGUUGAAGGAGGUCUUGCACACCGCGACCUCCUCAAGACUUACGAGACGGAGCGCAGAGGGGUAGCAAAAAGCCUGUUGGAUUUUGACAACAGAUACGCAAAGUUGUUUUCCCAGCGCCCCCCCGCAGCCAAGGAAGUAGAGGCGGCGACUGAAGGCGGACCUGCAGGCCGCGGCGACACAGUGGAAGACGAAUUUGUCAAAGUUUUUAAGGAAUCGUGUGAGUUUACUAGCGGAUAUGGUGUGGCCUAUGGGCCCAACCAGGUCAAUUGGUCAAUGGACCAUCCGGCCAAGUCAACCCUUAUCCAACCUGAGGGCACGAAACUUCGAACGGGCCACAUAUUCAUCAAUUCCGACGUUACAAGAGUGGUGGAUGCGAAUGUCGUACACUUGGAGCAGGAGGUGCCGCUCAAUGGCUCAUUCCGUAUCUUCAUCUUUGCUGGAAAUCCAGCCGUUACUCAAGCUGCAUUGCAAGAUCUCGCGAAUGGGCUCGGUGCGAAACGUUCUUUCUAUGGCACUUAUGCCAGAAAUGAUGUUGACACAGUAUCACACCACGAACAACAUAAUCCGCACAGCUUAUUUUUCACCCUCUGCACGAUAUUCGCUACCAAACGAUCGAAUAUUGAAAUUUCCAAGGUUGUACCGCGGCUUCUGGCACGCUAUCGGGACCACAUUUAUGCGGAUGAUCGAUGGGAUCGAAGGGUACCCUUUUCAGGUGCUUCAGCACAUGCCAAGAUGGGCCUGGAUGAACAAAGAGGUGCAGUGGUGGUGGUUCGUCCCGAUGGUUAUGUUGGUGUGAUCGUUAGUCUCGUAGAAGGAACGGGGACGGUUAACGCGUUGAACGAGUACUUCUCGGCUUUUUGCACUAAAAAUCUAGUGGCAGAUACUCCUCAGCUGUAG